AUGGACACCACUUCGCAACGAGGUGCCAGUACUUCUGUCAGCACGUCGCAAGAAGAGCGGGACCGCAAUGUGUUGCGUCUCGCUCCAGAAAAGAAGGCAUGGAUGCCUCCUAAAUCCGUCAUAGAUCACUUGUCGGCGACGAAGAGUGAUUGUUAUCGAACACGAUUGUUCGAUUCGUCAAGGAUCCAUCACCUUGACCCCAGCGCGAAAGACUAUCGCGCUGAACAUGAGUUCUUCAUCGAUGCUUUCUUCAGACAUCGAUGGUACAGUGGGAAUCACAAACGUGAUGGUCCCUCACUACUUCAGGCGUGGAACGCCUACAUCCAUAACCUCGAGGAUGUAGGUCGUGACGCUUGGAACGACAAACUUAUCAAAGCUCGUGAUAAGUUUGAAAAGCGAACCCCGACAGGUGCACGCUACAAGCUGCAUCGUCUGUCAAGGAAGAAAGGAUUACCCUGCCUCUCUCGGGGAGACCCGUGCCCAUGUUGUGUGAACAACUCUGCACGAGCACCUAAGGAGGCUUACCUCCUUACCAGCCCGUGGUGGCGCGUACGUGUCUCUACUGAGAUGUACGAAGGGAUUGACAACCUGAAAUCCCUUUACGACCGUGCCGGGAAGACUUUCUCCGGCGGUCCUUCUGCGGCACAGGAUGUGCCGCGUCGUACUGCUCAACCAGACCCAGUACGUCAAUCAUCAAUUGGGAGCGGGGCUCCCAAGAAUCCCAGGACGGGGGAUAGCCGCGCCACCGGACGAGAUAACUCGUCCGACGUCCGUUCACGUCGCGGUGGUUCAACAGCUGCUCAACCAGAUAGCGCUGGCCACCGCGAGAGUCCUCUAAUGGAGGUGGAGGAGGAGGAAAGACGCUCUCCACACGAUCAUGUGGAUCGGUGUGUUCCCGAGAGCUUCUUUGAUCGCGUAACGCAAGGGUUACGCGACGAUCUCGAGCAUGAGCGGAAUAGGCGUCUCCAAAUGGCGGACACUGUCUUGAAGCAUCGAGCUGAGUUUGCCUUUGCUUAG